CCUUAAGGUCGUACAUCCACCAGAUGACCGCUGUCCGACACCGCGGCAGUGUAGAGAGAAUUCUACAGAGGGUGGCUCAGUUUGUUUUUGACAUACAGAACUACCUUAAUGAGGACGGAACCAUCCAGACAAAGGGAGAAAGAAAGAAAUCACAAAGUGCCAUUGAGCAGAGGACACAACAUUUGUCACAGAAGUUUGAUUGGUUGAUACGAGACCUACAGCUGGAGAUGGAGAAGGCAUUCUCCAAUCAGAUCCGACCUAAGUUAGGGGAGGGCAUCACCCUAGCCUCCAUGAAAGCCAAUGAACAAGCAGCGAAAUGGGGAUCACCGAUGAACAAGGAGAACAAGCAGGCCGGGGGGUUACAUUGGUGUGUGUACCGAGCCACGGUACAGAGACACGGGGUGUUCCAGUCCCCCACCUACGGACCGGUCAAUUUUAACGAGGAUCUUACGGCUCCUAUGUAUACAAGGAUAUCCAUUGUGUGGGAUAAAGUCUUCAGUGGAAUACUUUGGGGUUACUUUGAGAAGUUUAAGACCACAGUACUGACAACACUGACAGAGUUUAUCCAGAUCCUGACCCAGGAGCUUCAUAAACACGGUGUACAACCCAGCAGUACACAGAGGGUACAGGCCUACAUCUUAGACAAUGCAAAGCAUCAGUUGACAGAGAUGGUGGCUGCUCUUAAAGACUUUGUGACAGAGAGACAGAGGGAUGCCAAUCGUGUUCUGACACCUGUAAUUCAGGAGAACAUGGCUCCAACCUACGAGGCUUGUGCUGCAGAGAGUGGACCGGGAACCUACCAGAGAAUGAAGGACGGCAUGGCCGCUGGAAUCGACAUAGGGAGGUACUAUAUGUUUGAUGAUGCCUCGCGCAACCUACUGCAGGAGUUGGAGCAAAUCAAGGUUCAGGUAACGGAGAUAGUACGGGGAGUGUGUCGUAGUCUUUGCUCGACUCUACAGGUGGCUUUUGAGCCCCUUUGGGAGGCCCCUGGGACCUGCCUGGAACUGAGAGACGUACUCGUACCAUGUGUUCGGGAGAUUUCACUCCAGGUGCGCGCCAUAAUGGAGGAGGCCGGAGUGAGGGUACCUAUAACUACUACAGGGCCACCUCCUGUCACAACCACUAAUGGGACUCCUGUCCAAUCAGAAGUCACUAAUGCACAAGGAAAUCAGGAUAUACAGAGAACAGCUGGUAACUCGUUAGAAUUGCCAUCGAGUUUUGUUCUUGAGGAACUUCAAGCCGGAUCAUCCGAUUCAGAACUUCUCACCUCCAUCAAAGUGGAACCAUCACUAAGUGUGCCCAAAAUCAAGAAAGAAAUGACAGUCUCUACCCAGAAUGCCACACCUGUCCGAUUCUCCUCUAUAAAAUCUGAACCCUCGUCUGGAAUACAGGUUUGUUGUUUUUGUGGACACCCCGGGACUAACCCUGGUGAAUGUGAUAAGUGUCGUGUCCCCCGACGCUCCCCCCAAGGUGUCCAGUUCAGGUGUUGUCGGUUUUGUCAUCGGAUGGGAGAGAACGUUCACAUCUGUGAAUUCUGUAAGCGGUGUCGUCGCUGUUUGAAUGUCGUCACAUCUCCCAAGCAGCAGUGUGAGAUCUGCCAAGCUCCAAGAUCAAGGAAUCCAGGAUCAACUGGCAAAAUUUCCACAAAUCAUCAACAUGUGUCCCAAACCAUCACCUCUGCUAAUGUUCAAACAAAUAAACCGUCCACUCCAGCAGGUGCAGAUCGUAACAAUGUGUCCUCCACACACCCACCAAAUGUAGUUCACCCACCAAAUGUUGUUCAGCACAAUUCCUUCCCAACUAGCUCAUCUUACCUAGUGAUGUCUUCCAUACUUCCACCCAAUGUUGGUCAAACCUCCAGUAGAGCUCGCCACCCAUCGACACAAACCAUCAGUGGCAGAGGUCAAGGUUACCAUGCAGUGCUUACAAACAGUGGCAGGGGUCAGGGUGACCAUGCAGUGCUUAAUACAUUAAAGAGACUAGCUGAUAAAGUGAGGUCACCCAAACAUCAGCUGUCUGCUUCCCAGCCUGUCCAGCAGGGCAGAAACAUGACCCCUCGUUCUCAGGGACCAAUGGUGUCACAGACAGGUAGUCUUACUCCACGGUCGAGGAAUGAUGGACGAGUUAGUACGCCGUAUAGCAGACUCAGCAGCAGCCAACCAUCUCAUCAGAAAGAUCAGGAACAUGCCCUCAAAACACCCUCCAGAGUGCCAAAAAAUUUAGGAUUUAAGGACAUGAGGAACAAUCCUUAAGGGGAGAAAGAAUGGAUUUAUGUAGCUGAAGGAGAAAAUGGAU